AUGAUCGCUUUAAUAAGGAGUGCUUUCAUAAUUGCGGAUUUUUAUUCUGAAAGCGAUUUCAUCAACGAGAAUUACAACAAUAACGAUUCCCAAUCAUUUAUUGCUGGAGUUUUGAUUCCAUUAAAAUUAGGAGUUUUAAUUCUACUAGAAUUAGGAAUUUCAAUUCCACUAGAUUAUUAA